CCUUUAACACUCUCGCUCGCGCCCAUUGGCCGAGGCGCUCGACGUCAUCGCUGCGCGCCGGACGACCGCGCCUUCCCGCUCCCUAAUCCUGACGCCAGAGCCGCGCCGCCCUCUGAGGCUGAGAAGAGCGGGAGGAGGUCGCGGCGGCGGGAAGAUGCUGCACUUUGGCGUAAAUUGCAAUCGAUUAGGGAUCGUUUCUCAGACUCAAGUUAGACGUGAGAGUUCAGAUAAGUGAGGCCGCCAUUGCUGCUUUGAACACCUCAGAAGGGGAGAAUGGAUUUAUCAGGAGUGAAAAAGAAGAGCUUGCUAGGAGUCAAAGAAAAUAAUAAAAAGUCCAGCACUAGGGCGCCUUCUCCCACCAAACGCAAAGACCGCUCUGAUGAGAAGUCCAAGGACCGCUCUAAAGAUAAAGGGGCCACCAAGGAGUCGAGUGAGAAGGAUCGCGGCAGGGAUAAGACUCGGAAGAGGCGCAGCGCUUCCAGCGGGAGCAGCAGCACCAGGUCCCGGUCCAGCUCUACCUCCAGCUCAGGCUCUAGCACCAGCACGGGCUCCAGCAGUGGCUCCAGCUCGUCUUCAGCUUCGAGCCGCUCGGGAAGUUCCAGCACGUCGCGCAGCUCCAGCUCCAGCAGCUCCUCCGGCUCCCCGAGCCCUUCUCGGCGCAGACACGACAACAGGCGGCGUUCCCGCUCAAAGUCCAAGCCACCGAAGAGAGAUGAGAAGGAAAGGAAGAGGCGGAGCCCUUCCCCAAAACCCACCAAAGUGCACAUCGGGCGGCUCACCAGGAAUGUGACCAAGGAUCACAUCAUGGAGAUAUUCUCCACCUAUGGGAAAAUUAAAAUGAUUGACAUGCCUGUAGAAAGGAUGCACCCCCAUUUGUCUAAAGGCUACGCCUAUGUGGAGUUUGAGAAUCCAGACGAGGCUGAGAAGGCGCUGAAGCACAUGGAUGGAGGACAAAUCGAUGGCCAGGAGAUCACUGCCACUGCUGUGCUGGCCCCCUGGCCCCGGCCACCCCCCCGGAGAUUCAGCCCUCCCAGGAGGAUGCUGCCACCUCCUCCUAUGUGGCGCAGGUCACCCCCACGGAUGAGGAGAAGGUCGCGCUCCCCGCGCCGUCGGUCGCCUGCGCGCCGUCGCUCCCGCUCUCCAGGCCGCCGCCGUCACCGCAGCCGCUCCAGCUCCAACUCCUCCCGAUAGGCGGGGCUCGGAGCUCCGCCCCUGCGACUCCCUCCCACCGCUCUAGUCCGUUUCCAGAGGGGUCACAGGGAGGAAAUCCCUCCCUCGGGGCAGGCUUCAAGGUGGAGGCGGCGAUCAGUCUCCCCAGGCGGCGGGGUUCCAGCGGCAGGAGUGUUGUGGGUCUGGGGUCGUGCUUGUAAAGAUGCCCUCCAGUUUUCUAGCUAGAGCGAUUCCACGUUUCUAGUUCCUGAGAGUUUAGCGGCAGAGCCAGCAGGGGUGAACAAGGGGCUUCAGGUGUGGGGACAGCCCCAGCCUGGGAGCCCAUUUUCCCAUUCCACAGAUGACCUGGGGCCGGUGUAGUCCCACAGGAAAGGCGUGCUUUUAGGCAACUGCUACUCCUGUUUGCCUAGCCCAGCCGGAGUCCUCUUCUAAUCUCUAGGGUCAAAUACCACCCCCACCACCAUCAUCUGCCCAGAAUGGUUCUUUUCACAUGUAGUUGUGUUGUGUGCAAGGACACAGACACACAGACCCCUCUUUCUGAAAUCGUUGAGAGCCAGCUCUGCCAGGUCAUCACAGAACCCCACCCCCACCUCAACUCCACUGUGUUGGUAUUCUUGGUGGUCUUGCUGGUUACCUUGGCAGCGUGUACAUUGCUUUUUCAGCUUUUAUUGUACAGUCAGUACUAUAAAUUUUGUUUUGAGUUUUGUAACUUUGUAGCGUUUUAGAUGAUGUUGUGUUUGUACUUUGUUGUGUAGAGUAAAAGAAUUGUGUUGAAUAAACCUAGGAUUAGAGUGCAA